CAUACUUCCUGCAACAUAUCCUGUACAGCCCAAACUCGGAUUCUUGCUAAGGAAUAGGGACCAAAACAAAGCCAGGUGAAGAGAAGGCCGUGCAUAGAAUAUCAAGCUCACAUUUAUGUUAACUAGUCUAUAAGAAAAUAGUAAUUGCAUAACCCACAGAGUUUCAACGCGUUGAAACCAACACACUCCGCACACCUUGAUUAUCUUGCUGUUUUUGGCCAAGGUGGGGAAUACAAAGACAAAAUAGUUUACACCAAAUCAAGAUUUGAAUGCAUCCAUUUGACCUGGAAUACGCCGAACCCAACCAACUUCGUUGUUGAAACUUCUCUUUUUUUGAAGAGCACGUCAAACUGAAGUAUUUCAUGGAUUAUCUGCCUCUACUUCCCAGAUGAAGUUGCUGAGAGCUGGUGAUGGGCUUCGUUGGAUCAUAACUCUGACUAGAGUCCUGUCGCUUUCCUCCUGCUGCUGUUCUGUCUUUCUCUCUGACUGUGUCCUCUGUCUGUUGCUGUCAGUGACUCGUUAGUUGUUGAGGAAAGCGCUUGCCUUUAGCCGUGGACAAUGUCUGAGUGCAUGCAUCUCACCCUAUGCAUUUGCAGGAUUGGCGCCUAUACGUGUUUCAGGACACUGUGCUGUAAAGGACCGCCUCCUCCCAGACCUGAGUAUGACCUGGUGUGUAUUGGACUCACAGGCUCUGGGAAGACCAGUCUACUGUCAAGACUCUGCAGUGAAGCCACAGACAACAUUGGGCCAACCACGGGUUUUAGCAUCAAAGCUGUUCCAUUCCAGAAUGCCAUCCUGAACGUGAAGGAGCUCGGAGGAGCGGACUCGAUAAAGAAGUACUGGUCGCGUUACUACCAGGGUUCCCAGGGGGUGGUGUUUGUCCUGGACAGCGCCUCCACAGACGAGGACCUGGAGAUGGCCCGAACUGAGCUUCACUCUGCCCUGCAGCACCCCCAGCUCUGUACCCUGCCCUUCCUCAUACUAGCCAACCACCAGGACAAACCAGCUGCUCGCACCACACAAGAGAUAAAGAAGUAUUUUGAGCUGGAGCCCCUGGCCCGAGGGAAGAGCUGGAUUCUAGAGGGCAGCUCAGUGGACAACAUAGAUGCCAUGAAGCAGAGCUUCACUCAGCUUAUUGAGCUGCUGGAGGACAAGGACCAAGACACAGGCAGGAUAUGAGCCGGAACGUGCACAUCUACUAGGAACUACUAAUCCCACAGGAACUACAGACUCCACAUGAUGUGCACAUCUACUAGGAACUACUAAUUCCACAGGAACUACAGACUCCACAUGACCUGCACAUCUACAGGGAACUAUAAAUCCCAUAGGACCUGCUGAGUACAUGAACUACAAUCCCCAUAGGUCCUGCACAACUACUGGUUACUACAAAACCAACAGGUCCCACAAGACCUGCUGAGCUACAGAGACUACAAAUCCCACAGAUCUCACAGGACGUGCUGAGCCACAAGAACUACAAACCCCACAGGUCCUGUUAAACCAUAAGAACUUUAAACCCCACAUGGGUCUACAGUCGGACCCCACAGGAGCUACAUCAUAGCUACAAAGGCCAUGGAAUGGCAAACCACAAUGGUGCAACCUGAUCCCAGAGGAGUAAUAGAACAUGCCACCGAGAAUCUAUGGGCCUCCAGGGUUUUCAUGGUAAGAGGAGGAAAAGACUACUACAGCUUUCAAGCUGUAGAGACCUAGUGGACUCCCUGAAAAAGGACAUUUCAAGCUGUAGAGACCUAGUGGAAUCCCUGAAAAAUUACAUUUCAAGCUGUAGAGACCUAGUGGACUCCCUGAAAAAUGACAUUUCAAGCUGUAGAGACCUAGUGGACUCCCUGAAAAAUGACAUUUCAAGCUGUAGAGACCUAGUGGACUCCCUGAAAAAUGACAUUUCAAGCUGUAGAGACCUAGUGGACUCCCUGAAAAAUUACAUUUCAAGCUGUAGAGACCUAGUGGACUCCCUGAAAAAUUACAUUUCAUGUUGGAAAUGCAUUGCCUCCACUCAAAAUAAAUAUCCCUAUUUUUAAGACAUACAGAACAUCAGUUUGCCACUAUCUGUAAUGUGUUAUUAUAAUUAUUGUUAUUCACUCAUAAUUAUUAUUGUCCAUUCAAUAACUGAUAGUUGCACAUUGCUACUGGACUGUCUGUAGUAUGUGAACACGUUUGCGUGGCAUUUAGAAUAACUGGAAUUUCAAUCAAACUUUAUUUAUAUAGCACAUUUCUUACAAAGAAUGCAUUUCAAAGUGCUUAACAAAUAAAAUAACUAAAGGUGAGAGAUAAAAACACUAUGUUUUCUAUACAAAUAUACACUGAGUACACAAAACAUUAGAAACACCUGCUCUUUCCAUGACAUAGACUGACCAAGUGAAUCUAGG